AUGCCUGCAGAAGCGGAGACGGAGAAGCAGCUGUGGACGUCCAUCCUCAACGAUGUGACGGCACACACGCGCACGCGCCACUUGCCCAAGCGCCAUGUCGUCGUUCUUGGUGAUGAGGGCAGCGGCAAGUCGUCUUUGAUCGCACGGCUGCAAGGCAAACCAUACAACCCAGAGGAUCACCCGCUCGGAACGGGUCUUGAAUACACAUACAUCGACGUCAAAGACGAAGAGACGGAAGAUGUAAUUGGCCGUUUGGGGGUGUACACGUUGGAUGGCAACGAGCAACACAAAGGCCUCUUGCAGUUUGUUUGCAACGAAGAGCAGCUGGAGAACACGCUCUUCCUCAUCUGCCUCGACUACUCCAAACCAUGGAAUCUGCUUUCGAGCCUGGAGCGAUGGGUCGAUGUCAUGUCCAACUACCUCAGCCAAUUCGAAGGAUCAGAGACCAUGGACAAACUCAAGGCAGACCUGAAGCUGUACUUUCAGAAGUUCACAGAGCCUGGUGAAUCGAACGAAGAGGGUCGAGACGACGACGAUGAUGACGACGACACGCUGCUGCCGCUCGAGGAACACGUGCUCACCGUCAACUUUGGCGUGCCCGUUGUUGUCGUCCUCACAAAGUGCGAUGCAAUGCCAACACUGCGCAAAGACCACGACCUGCAGGGCCAGCACUUUGACUUUAUCCAGAUGAAGAUCCGGGAGUUUUGCAUGACGUAUGGCGCUGCUGUUGUGUACACGGGUCGUGACGGCACGAACAAGGACCGCCUGUAUCGGUACCUCCUCCAUCGCGCAUACCAGUUCCCGCUCAAGGACCCAGCAGACAUCACAAAGCCAGAGACAACAUUCAUCCCCAGCGCAUGGCGAAGAUCAGCGUGCUGCGAGGUCAUUCGCGCUCCCAUCCAGCAAAAGCGUCUUAUUCCUUUUUUGUCUCAUUUCGCCUGCUUCAACUCCCCCUCCUUCUCCUCCGUUGUCUCCGAUGAUCACUUCCGCCAGUUCAAAGAGGAAGUGGUUGAGGUGCAGGAUGAACAGGAGUUUCUGAAGCAACAGCAGGCUCGCCUCGGUCGCGCCACCAACCUUGUCGACGGCCUCACGCGGCGCGAGUCGCUGCGCGUGUCGCGAGGCAGCAUGUCGCGGGCGUCUGGUGGAAAGCUCGGCGGCGUGUCGUCCCUGCUCGGCGCCAGCAGCACCAGUGCAGCAUCGUCGUCGCCUGCAGGCAAUGGCGCGGGGCAGCAGCCCGUCCCCACCACCACCGCCUCCUCGUCCUCUACCACCACCACCACGCCUGUUGCCACGACUGCAUCGUCCACAGCCGCCACGGGCGCCGCAGACAGGAGAGCUGGAUCCACCAGCCCAACAAAGGCGCCAGCCACCCCGUCCAAAGGCGGUGACGCGAGCCAGAACGACGUGCUUGCAAACUUCUUCAACAGCCUGCUGCAGCAGAAGUCGGCGACUCCACAGCGUGGCGAUGCUGCCGCUGCUCUUUCCAGGUGAAAUGGGCAGUGCAUUGACCUUUUGCGAUGCUGCGUUGCUUUGUCAUGUGCUGCGUUGUCUUGUCAUGUGCUGCGUUGUUCAUUGUGCUGUCCCGUCACCUAACCACAUACACACAUGUGCGCGUGCACACACACAUACACACACAAACUUCCACUCCACUCCCACUCACACACACUCACACAUGCGCAGCUUGAAGAAGUGAAGCUGGCA